AUGGUCAACGACGUGGAAAUGGCCAUCUUAUCAACGGGAGAAUACCUAGCGGAACUAGAUUCUGCAGAAAGUGUGCUGGCUUUGCUGGAGGAAAAGCAAGCUUCCUGCAGAGAGCUGGGCCUGAGCCAGCUGGACAAGAUAGUGGACUACUUCUGGCCCGAAGUCGUGGACAACCUGCCGCUCCUGGAGGACAUCUUCCAAGAUAGGAGCUUCAAGGCGAGAAAGUUGGCAGCGCUGAUCAUCAGUAAGGUCUAUUACCACCUGGAAGAGUACACCCAGGCGCUGCAAUACGCACUGAACGCCGGAGAUUACUUUAAAACGGGCGAAGCAUCAGAGUACACGAACAUAAUGCUGGCGAAGGCAGUGGAGGAGUUCGUCAGACUCAACAGCUCGAAAUACGAGGAGGGCGACAAGUUCCAGCCGGAGUUCGACAGUCAGACACUGGCGUCACUGGAGUCGCUGGUCCAGAAAAUGAUGUUCAGCAGCGCGGCGGCAGGAGAGGAGUCGCAGGCAAUGGGCAUAGCGCUGGACAGCAGGAGAAUCGACCUGGUGCUUAAGCUGUUCGAAACGAACAAAGAUCGCAACAAAAUGCUCAACUACACGAUGGCGCUGCUGGCGAACGUGUACAGCAAGACCUUCAGGGACGUGGUCUACGAGAAGCUCAGAGACAUCCUGCUGCAGUCGAGCAGCCUGCUGGAGCUCAACUUCACGAACCUCUGCAUGUGCCUCUACCACCUGAACGACCACGAGAGGAUGGCGGCGCUGCUUAACGACCUGAUCGUCAGCGGGAAUCACCUGAAGGCGUACCAGAUCGCGUACGACCUCGUGGACAUCGGAGAUCAGAAGUUCCUGAAGCAGCUGCAGGAGUCGCAGCUGUACGCGAAAAGCAGCAUGGCAGUGGAGCGGCUGAAGUACAUACUGUCAGGGACGAGCACUAUUGAGCUGUACCUGCAGUUCCUGCACAGAAAAAAUCACACUGAUCUGAGGCUGCUGGACCAGAUAAUGCAGCUACACACAUCUUCUUACGAGCAACAAGCAAUGAUAAUUAAAAAAACUACGAGUGUUGACCAGAGGAACAGCAUAAUACACAACGCAAUUGUGAUAUCACACGCACUGAUGCAAGCAGGCACGUGUUGUGAUACCUUUUUGAGAGACAAUUUGACGUGGCUGUCCAAGGCAAACAACUGGUCGAAGUUUACAGCAACAUCGUCGCUGGGAGUGAUUCACAAGGGAUUCAGUAAGGAGUCGAUAAAGCUGUUGUCGUCAUAUUUGCCAUCAGGUUCAGGAACAGCAUCGUAUUCAGAAGGAGGCUCGCUGUACGCACUAGGGCUGAUACACUCAAACCACUUUGAUGCACCGGCCAGAGACUUACUGCUGAACUCGCUGAGGAACGAAGAGGGAGAGGAGUCGCUACAUCACGGAGCGGCCCUAGGAUUAGGGCUAGUGUGUAUGGGACAGUGCGACUUCGAACUGUACGAGGAGCUCAAGGGGCUUAUGUUUAGAAACAGCGCAGUCCCAGGACAGGCAGCAGCCAUAGCAAUAGGAUUACUGAUGCUCGGCAGUGGGUCUGAGACCGUAGUGGAUGAGCUAUACACGUUCUCCUACGAGACUCAACACGAAAAGAUAAUAAGAGCAUGUGUAUUGGCAAUAGCAAUGGUGGUAUACCAGAGAGAGAAACACGCCGACAACAUAAUAAAUAAGCUUUGUCACGACAAUGAUGCAAUAAUAAGAUACGGUGGAAUGUUCUGCUACGCAAUGGCGUAUUGCGGAACAGGAUCGUCAACAGCAGUGAAGCACUUGCUUUACUCAGCAGUAUCAGAUGUGUCGGACGAUGUUAGAAGAGCAGCAGUGAUAUCGCUGGGAUUCGUGCUGUGUAACACACCAGACCAGGUGCCGAAGGUGCUGAAGCUGCUAUCAGGCUCAUAUAACCCGCACGUGAGGUACGGAGUGACGCUGGCACUGGGAGUUAGUUGCGCAGCAACAGCGUCGCCAGAAGCAACGAAGAUACUGCAGAGACUCUCAACAGAUCGCAGUGAAUUUGUUAGACAAGGAGCGUUUAUUGGUUGGGGACUGGUGCUACAGCAGUCGAACUACGAAAGCCUAUGCGAAGUGAACGGAGUCAGAGAAACUUACCUAUCAGUGAUAGGAGAUAAGCACCAAGACGUAAUGGCAAGGUUCGGAGCAAUACUAGGACUGGGCCUGAUGAGUGCAGGGGGCCAAAACUGUAUAACGUCGCUGUACACAUGUAGAGGGAACAUGAGAAGGGAGGCGGUGAUAGGCUUUCUGAUGUUCUCGCAGAUGUGGUACUGGCACUCCUUCAUACACUUCGUGUGCAUGACCUUCCAGCCGACCUGCUUCAUAGGGCUCAACGAGGAGCUGCGCGUGCCGGUGGGAUACAAGGUCCUGUGCACGGCGCCGCCAAAGCAGUUCGACUACAUCCCGCCGAUAAACAAAACGUCCUCGCAGGACAAGAAGGACGAGGUGACGGCGGUGCUCUCGGUGUCCGCGAAGAGGAACGCGUGGCUGUCCCAUAAGACGAAGCCCGACGUCGAGGCGGAAAAGUCAGACAAGCCUACGCUGGACGACUCGUCGUCAGUGUUGUCGGACGGGAAGUCAAUGAGGGCCGAGAUUAGUAGCAUUGCAGCGACACUGGGACACUCUAGCAGAGACUCGUGCGCAGGCUCGAGCGUGGACAACACGCACGACGUCUCAAUGGCAAGCGAUAGCGGCGACCUGUCAAUAUCGAAGAUGGACAUCUACGACGCGACGCUGGAGGCGCUGAAGUCCAAGCACUUCGAGUCAUUCACAGCGCAGCUCGAAAACCCGUGCAGAAUGCUGCCGAGGCAGGCGCCCUUCUGCAACUGCAAGGAUCAACGGUACGAGCCAGUAUUCCCGGACAGGAACUACGGAAUUACGCUGCUGGUCGACAGCUUGCCCAACGAGCCCGAAGAGUACCUCAUAUACGACGGCGGAGAGCCGGAGGCACCGCCGUUCACGCCCUUUGAGCUGACUGAGUGA